GCAUCGGCUGAGAUAGGUAUGGUGAACUGCAGUGUGUUUGCAGUUUGGCCGCUGUCAAUCAAAACCAUGCUUUGAUUUAGUUCGACCAGUCAGCCUCCUGGAUGUCUUCUGAUUUGCUCCAUAUUCGGCCUGGCCGCCACGCCACCUGCGGUGUAACUGAGUACUUGAGCUGGGCGGUGUAGGAUCCCACCUUCUUACUAUCUUUCCGGCCUCACGCCAGCAAUAUUUAACAUACCGAGUCUUGCAUUUCCUCGAAGGCUGGUGGCCCAAAUAAUUCAUACAUUCUUCUGUCUUAACACUUUUGAUGCCAAUGGCGGCCCAGCGUCCUGUCAACAGCUCAAUUCGGGAGAUCGAUUCGCAGACCUGGUUGAUCGGUGACCGACUCCUCCUUUCUCGAUCCCCAGCCGCCUCGCCCCGUUGUUUGUGGGGCGACGGUUGUGGCUCAUUUUACAGCAUCUCCGAGGUGACCGAGGCACCACCCGUACUUCGAUCACUCUCGACCCCGUCCUUGGAACUGAUACGACUGGUCUACGACGCCGGCGAUAGCUCCGCUGUUUGGGCAAUUGGUAACGCUUUUCUCAAGAUCAAGAUCUCCAAUCAGCCGAGAACGACACGGGAGCAUGCCACACUAGCCGGCGUGAAGGCUAUGAAACCUAGCUUCUCCAUCCCGGAUGUCCUCUAUCAUGGCGAAUGGGACGGCCGACAGUAUCUGAUUUUAUCCAAAGUACCUGGGCUGACCCUUGCCGAUGCCUGGCCGACGAUGGAUGAGACCACAAAGUGUCACUACGUUGACCGAGUUGUGGGUGUUUGCAAGGAGUUAGGGGAGCUUCAAGCCGACCGGAUUAGUGGCCUUGAUAGGAAUGAGCUUCUCGAUCCACUCCUCAUCAAGCGCGACGCAGAGGAGGAUUUUAGUCAUGAGAAUCUGGUCAAGAGCUGCAUGGAAUUAGAUAUGGACUGCUCUAGUUUCAUCUUCUCUCACUGCGAUUUAGGGCCAGGUAACUUAAUCAUAGAUAAUGACGGCUCACUUGGUAUCAUCGAUUGGGAGAUGGCGGGGUUCGUACCCAAGGACUGGAUCAGGACGAGGUUCUGCAUCUCUGGCGGUUUGGAUUUGCCUGGUGUAGGUGAUGAAAGGGUUGAUUGGCGACGACGUAUGCAGAGACGGUUGGGUUUAGAAGGAUAUACUGAAAUCGCUGAUGAAUGGAUGAGUUGGUGGAGGGGAGAAUAGAAAGGUUUCAUUGAGCA